AUGCCUUGCUUUCUGCAGAACCUUGGAGAUGGUUGGAACACUCAGAAGUACUGGCUGUGGGAUUUGUCGAAAACGCAAGAAGAAGCUUGCAUUAAAGCAGGUUGGAAAUGUCCGGGUUAUCCUAGAAGAUGGAAGUUUGUCGAUGAGAGUGGACCGCUCGCCUUGCUUUACCACAACAAGAAGUACAUCUUUGAGGAUGUCGACCGCUACGACCCGGCAGGCGACGAAAGCUCUUGCUUUCGAGGUGUCUUCAUCAAUAAAGCAAACACUUCUCUCGAUCCAGGAGCACAGACCACUAUUCACUGGCCUCUGGCUUCACCCCACGACCAGAUAUGUUCCACUCUGUGCUACAUACUGGGUGAGCCACAGAGCAGGAACACCUUCCCCAUAAAAUCUCACGGGAGCUUUUAUGCCAUGAUUCCCAUCAGGUUGGGUGUCAGUAUCGCUCUGGAUGAUGCGGUCUCAUGCCUAUGUGGCAUUUACUUGGACUCUCUGAGGUCAACUGAAGUCACCUCGAAGGAGUCCCUUCGCCUGUACACACGAAGCUUGCGCUCUCUUCGCGAAUCGUUAGACAUAAUGCACGUCCGCGCAGAGGCUGAAACAAUAUGUGCAUCUAUCAUCCUGCAGGCGUGCGAGCUUGUUAUGGCCGACGAAGGCGGGCGAUGGAGUCAACUUUGUAUGGGAACAAAACUUCUCAUUCAAGAGCGAGGUCCCGAGGGAUUUAUUGGGACUUUCGAGCGGGCAAUGCUCGAGUCGCAGCGAGCAUGGUUUAUUCUUCAAGACGCAAGUGUCGGACAAGAAUGCUUUCUCUCACGACGACAGUGGCGCCAGUUGUUGAAGAGCUCAUCCAAUCCGGUAAUCACCGAGGAGUCUGCUAGCAUCUCACUACGAUCUGAGCUUUGCGAAUUUCUUGUUGAUGUUCCGGGUCUUAUUCGAGAGGCUUCAAACACAGCAUAUCAGAUUCUAAAUAGUGACACUGACUCGACUGAACUCACAGAGCGGCGUAAGAACGCAAUUCUGCGGAUAAAAUCCGUAAAGCACGCCUUUGAAUGCUGGUAUUGCACCAAAAUCGCCCCCCUGCGCUCCAUUUCGGGGGCUCUGCAGCAGGCAAAGGCUGAAAGAAUCAGCAACAGAUCUCCACAGGAUGAGCUCCUUCUUGCUGUCGUUGAUUGCGUGUCUAAUUCCAUCAUGAUCAAGCUAGACACGUUGUGGGCCAGCCUCGACCCGGACUUGGAAACCCACAAAGUUGACAUUCUCGCUUAUCAAGAGGCGCAGGAGAGGCGGAAAAUUAUGAUGUAUCAGUCUUUACAAUUUGUUAGAGCAAAAUCCCUGGUCGCAGCAAAACCUCUUGAAUUUGGAUUGCGACAGUUGUGGCUGGACGCAGGAUUCAAACAAAGCAACAAGACACGGAGCUGA